GUUAAAUGAUUCACGUGGUGCACAUGGGGACUAAACUUCCGGUGUCGCGAUUUCUCAGUCUUUUGUGAUUAAGAUGGCACCGAAACCUAAGCCAACGGAAAAAGCUGCGGCUGGAAAACCCGCUGAGAAAAAAACUCAGAAAAAAGAGGAGAAAAAACCAGCGACCGCUGCCUCAGCGUCAAAGGUGACUAAACCAGGUUCAUCGAAAAAACCAGCACCAGCACCUAAAACUGCAGCAACCAAAGCUGCAGCCAAGCCAGCAGCUAAGCCAGCUGCCAAACCUGCAGCAAAACCCGUGACUGCUAAACCAAAAGUCGUCAAAAAUGCUGCAGCAAAGAAAAUUCCUAAGGGAGGCAAAGCUGCUCCAGUUCAAAAAGCUUUGAAAGCUCAGAAAAAGGUUCUGAAAGGAGUCCAUGGAUCUCGAGUCCGUAAAAUUCGUACGUCGGUACAUUUCCACCGACCCAAGACAUUCAGGCCACCAAGAAACCCAAAAUACCCUAGGAAAUCGGUCCCAAACAGGAACCGUAUGGACGCAUACAAUGUUAUCAAGUUCCCCUUGACAACUGAAGCUGCGAUGAAAAAGAUCGAAGAUAACAACACUCUUGUAUUCAUCGUCCACACAAGAGCCAACAAACAUCACAUCAAAGCUUCCGUCAAAAAGCUAUACGACAUUGACGUUGCCAAGGUCAAUACUUUGAUCAGGCCUGAUGGAAUCAAAAAAGCUUACGUACGUCUUGCUCGUGAUUACGAUGCACUAGAUGUUGCCAACAAAAUCGGCAUCAUAUAAGUCUUUUUUCUUUAUGUAUAAAACUUAUGGAACGAUUAAACUUAAAAAACUUUAA